AUGCCUCUUCAGCAAAAUGAAGCGAGCAAAUUAUUGUACAAGGUGAGGGUUUGAAUGCUUUUCAUUUACAAAAUUCUACCCAGGCCGCUCUACGGCUCUUCUGCUCAGGAGUUUUGCCGCUUGGAAAACGAAAGAAAUUAACAUUUUCAUUUGUGUUCAGUUGACUAUCACUAUUGCAGCCGUACACAGGACAAUAAUACAUUGCUUGACUUUCACUUACGUGGUUACGUACUACAUGAAUGCAAUAGUGGAAAAAUAUAUAACAUAGUCCAUUUGUAUUACUUUUUAUAUGUUUUUUUAGAAAACUAAAGCGUCAUUUCCUACCCAACCUCACCCAGAAAAAAUGCAUGAAAAAGGAAGUGCUUUACAAUGUGGUUUUAAAAAAUCAAACUUAUGUCAACUAUUGCAUCGUAAUCCAAAAUUGACGCAACAUGUUCGGCGCGCCUCCCUCUAAGACGUAAAUACUCAUCACAUAUAUUUUCCACAAGGCGAAAGAACGCUUAUUAUGGCAAUUUAUAGAAAUAAACAAGUCAUUUUUAUCAAUUUAUAGAAAAAACAAGUACAAUCGUACUAUAGUGGACCAGGAACUGCGUGACCCAGUUUUGAUCUUGUGGAAAUCGUUAAAUGUUCAAAACCUUCUAGAUUUUGACUUGAUAAACAAAUAACUAGACACUUGUAAAACUAAUAAUUCUGAAAAUUGCAUGGCAGCGUAGACUCAAUUUGCUAAAUGUUUUGCUUUAAUUUGGUCGUGGAAGAUAUGCUUUAUCCAGGCAAAAACAUAUGUCUAGUAUUUUGCCAAUGUCACGCGUGCAUGUGCCAUUAUAAAAUAUUGCAGCUGCAGUCGUGUACGUGCUGUGUAAACAGGAUUUAAGUUAAAAUAACAAAUUAUCUGAAUUGUUGCUAUAGGUUAAUGCAGUUUAUUUCACUUGGUAAUGGCUUCAUGCUUGUGCUAAAAACAAAUUGACGUGUCUUUGUUUUUAUGGUUCGCGAUUUUUCGGCUAUGCAUGACUAUGAAUAUUAUAUGAUAGCCACAGAUAGGGUAUAGUACUCCUCUACGCUUUGAGAAACGAGGCCAGUGUGUUAAAUUAGUCAACUUAAGUCUUAAUUUAAUUAGUCGUCCACAUUCUUGAGAAGCUUUAGAUCAUUGUGAUUGUGUUCACAACGAACAAUACAGAAGACAAUGUCUUUUUUAUCAUUUGCGUUUGCUGAUAUAUUUGCUGAAUAUUAAUGAUAUGUAUAUAUUAAUUGCUACGAAUACAGUAAAAAAUUGCUCAUAUUUCGCUUCUAAAGUCAAAAAUAAAAAAUUGAACACCGUCAAUCGAUGCAGAAUAUUGCUUAGAAUAAUUAUGUCAAGUUUCAUUCCGAUUGAGCAAGUAACGACAGAGCCUUAGGGUUUUUUCAAAGAGCGUCACCCCCUAACAACAACAACAAGAUUAGCAGCGAUUUGGGACCAGUUCCUGGUCCAAAAACAGUAUGUAAACUAUAGCUAUUUACAAAGGCAUUAUCUGGCCUUAUACAUUGUAUACUCUGUUCCCCUGCCAAUGACGUCAGUAAGGUAUUUCAGCAUAAAUUAGCAUAUCGGGAAUUUCUUCAAGAUGGCGGACAAUAUGCAUAAUUAUGCAUUGCUUUUUACUCCUAAUCGAAUAAUUUUCAUCCCAAAUAAAAUACAUAUCCUUAUUAAGAUAACCAACGUGAACAAAAAUAGCCAAUAAAAAAAAUCUGUUGCCUAUGUCCUUUAAGCAAUCAGAUAAAUCCCCGAGUAUCUGAUGAUCAAACAGGAUCUGUAAGUGUUAAACUGGCCGCAGAAGUUUCUGGCGACCACGAAGGUGAAGUCAUCAUUCCAUCAAAGCGACCUCGUGGUCCAGAUACAUUUGACGAAAACGCAGCAGAAAAUUAUGUUGAAACUGUUGUGAUUGAUGACAAAUUUACUUCCGCUAACUUCCGUUGGGAGGCUAGUGAGGAACUGAGUACAUUUCUCGGCACUACUAACAUGCGAAUAAUCAAAUUUGAUCAUAAGACCUUGAUGAAAUCAUACCCGCAACCAGAUGUCGACAAGGUUUACACGGCUGCCAUGGAUGACUUCUUGAAGCCAUUCAUUCAAGGCAUUAUGGCUCCUGAGAAACCCCACAAGGAUUUACAGGACAAUAUCCUGGAUAUGUUUGGCACACUUUCUACCAUAUACGAGAAUUUGUUGGCAAUGUUGGAUAGCGUUGGCAGUGAUGGGGUAAUUCAGAUGGAUAAGACAAGUGUCAAUGGUUUCUUAUCUUGUGUGAAGCAUGCUCUGCUUCUUGUGGGUGACCCAUCGGCUGGAAUUAGUGUUACCCGAAGAGAGUUAGUGUUGAAGAAGAUUAACCCUCUGAUGGCUUCUAUGGCCCAGGAGCAUUUUCCCGACGCAAAACGCCAGCUCUUUGGACAUGGCUUUGAGCAGAGGUUAAGACUGUGGAUACCAUGGCAAAGACUUCCAUUCCGGCUUGUAUUUUUUUCUUCCUGUUUGGAAAAGAAUAACACAAGACUUGUGGGUCUUGCAAGUAGUACAAGGGUAUCAACUAGAGUUGUUAUCAACUCCAGUUCAGCCGAGUUUGCAUCCUCCCAGAGUGUCUAAGUCAUCAGGCAGUUCUGAAUCAGGAAGUGCAGGCCUUGCCAGUGAGUGAUUAUAUAUGGACAAAUUUUCAUCCCAGUAAGUGAUAUCUUGGGAACUGGGCGAGCCCAUGCAAUUCAUUUAUUGUCCAUAUAAACAGACAGUAACUCUUGCUUACCAUGCUGUCUCACUAGCCCGGCUUCCAUAUAUAAACAGCCCCAAAGUAGAGAAUCUAACAAAUUUUCCUGGUACACUAUAUAAUUUCAUAAUAAUGUACAUAUUAACAAAUUAUGUAUAUAAUAGUUUGCACAUUGUUAUUAAAUCCUUGUAUGAGCAGUAAAUAUGUAACAACGAUUUGUUGAGGAAAGUACAUCUUGUAUUAUAUUUUAAGUCAAUUUUAAAAAGGAAAUAAACAGGUUUACAUACCUUUUUCGUUUAGCGUAUUCAAAGUAUGUGUAAAGUCUAUCUGGUGGCGCAAACUUUGCACAACUGUCACAUAUACACAAGAUGGGAAUGGUCUUCUCUUCUUACCCAGAAUCUGAAAUAUCCACCUUGAACAACGUUGGUAGGCCAUUAAACGAUACAGUUUAUGUAUCCUUGCCAAAUCGCUAUCGUCAACAGGCCAAUUUUCUUCCAGAUAGCGAAAAAUAUCCACCUUUAAGAUGUUCUCCAAUAGCAUAUUUUCACUGAACUCGGGUAGACAAGUUACGCAUGACUCACCGCUUCCUGCAACAUUUGUGACCAAAGCGUCGUACUCAUCGUACUCUAAAGUCUUUUCGUGGCAGCAAAAGCUUUCUAUUGUCUUUGUUUGCAAGGUACAAUGGCCACACUUGCAAAGUAGGAGAACUCCCUUCAAUUUCAACACUGAGACAAGUUGAAAAUAAUUUGAAGUUGAAGCACAGUAUUUUGAAUUAAAACUUGCUGGGUGUUUUGACAUUGGACGAAGUCCUCUUUACAAUUAAAUGUUUGAACAAGAGUUCAAAUUAAAUACUUUAGACUGAAAUGCAAAUCUGUACCUAUAUAUAGCUAUUGUUGUGUUCUGACAUGAAUAGUGAACUUUUAGGUAGUGAUUAUUGCUCUGGAAGCAAGCAAGCCUGACACGAGCGUGCGACGUAGCUGAUCUAAUUUGUGUAGAUGGGGAUUUUUAUUUCAAAAAAUUCUAGCGCAGUGCAUAUUGUGGUCUUACGCGAUUUCUGCGGUGUUUCCACGCUAAGGAACCUUGCGUUCAUAGAGAUUAAAACAUGCAAAGACAUACUAGACUUUCAUACAUUGAUUCCAACCCGAAAUCCCUGGGGACGAGGUUGUCAUUGAUUCAGUUCACUUUUCGGGUGUUUUUUUUCUCCCAAUUUUAUCCUUAAUUCGAGUUUGGACGUUUUAAUGUUCACAUGGAAGCACAAGUAUCGGAAGGCCUUCGGCAGUCCGGCUUCCAAAUUCUUCGUUCUUUUUGCGUCCAUUUGUGCGCCGUUAGCUCAAUGGAUGUUGGCCACUGUUUGGUUUCUUAGUGUAAUAAAUCUGUGUAUAUAAUGUGGUAAAUGUGUUGCACAAUUUGUUAAGUUCAUAAGUAUAUAUAUAUAUUGCAACAAUAUACUGUAGAAGUUAUAUAUCAUUAUCAGUCAAGGGCAAAUUUGUAACAAGCUUACGCAUUAAAUGUUGACAUGUUCUUCUUUCGAACGCAAUAAAUGCAAAUUAAGUUCCUGUAGGUCCAAAUUAGGUUAAAAUGAGAAAAGAAUGUUCUUGCCGUAGGCGUAUGAACGCUUGGUAUGUUCUUCCUUUAACGUCAUCAGUUACAUAUUUCUUCCUUUAAAAUGUAUUAUAUAUAUAACCAUGUAUGUAGAUUGUAGGUAGUUGUUAUAGUCAUUGUCGUAGUACGUAUCUGAAAUAAAGUUGUGUGAAAUUUACUGGUUGUCACGAUUGAAUGAAGAAUAGAAUACAGUCCCAAGUUAAGCGAGCGUGGAAGACCUAUAUACUAGCGGGGUUUCCACAACAUAGUGGUCCUUCGAGCCGGAUAGUGAACUAGAAGAGUACAACCAGGUAAAUAUGACGGAUUUAGCGAAGCAGAAAAAGAUACGUGGAGGACAUCGAGGCCACGCAAAAAAGCUGAUUGGAGAGAUCCAAGGAAUAUUGGAGAAUGAUGCGAACGAGAAUCGUUACGAGUUAGAGCAGUUGAAGGACGCCUUAAUCGCGAAAGUGGACGUUCUCAAGGCUCUCGAUGAUUCUGUGUUAAAAUUAAUGGAGGAUUCGAAGGAAAUUGAUGAAGGGGAGUUUGGGCAGGAACUGUCUGACGCGAGCGACUGCCAGUUAAAGUAUCGAAAGGUAGUUCAUCUUGCAGAAAUGAAGCUAAAUGAAGUGUCAUCGGGUAGCGUUACUAGCAUAGUUAAUAUAGCAGGAACGGUCAGUGACGUGGCCAGUACAAACGUUGCCAACGGUGGAAAUAUUGCGACGGAAUCCUCGUCAGUUAAGAACUUCGAAGAGACGAUGAUAUCGACAUCACCAACGCAGCCUGUACAACAAACGAGUGGGAGUGUACGUGUGAAACUGCCUAAACUCGAGGUAAAAAAGUUUAAGGGAAGCGUUUUCGAGUGGCAAGAGUUCUGGGAUGCAUUUGAGAGUUCAAUUCACACGAAUGUCGGGUUGUCAGACGUCGAUAAAUUCUCUUAUUUGAAAGGACUUGUUGAAGAGCCAGCGAAGUCAGCAAUCAGUGGAUUUUCUUUGACUGCCGCGAAUUAUGGAUCUGCUGUGGAGCUUUUAAAACGGAGAUUUGGGAAACCUGUCACAAUACAAAGAGCUCAUAUUAACGAGCUAUUAAAUCUACAGGGAGUGUACAAGGAGCGAGAGACGGGGAGGUUGAGAGCGUUAUAUGACAAAAUAGAAUGCCAUUAUAGAGGAUUAGUUGCGUUGAAAGUGGGCGAAGCUACGUAUUCGAGUAUUGUUGUGCCUUCUCUUCUCGAAAAGUUGCCAGAAAGCGUACGAUUGACCAUCACCAGGGGUGCGGAUUUUAAAAACUGGACAAUGACAGACUUGUUGGACCAAUUUCGCGUUGAAUUGGAGUUACGAGAAGAAGCUGUAGUCCUUGUCCCUAACGAUGGACGCCAGUCUGGGUAUGGGAAACGAGAAAGAAAUGUAUAUACGAACUCUGCUCUGUUUGCUGGCUGGGGAAAGGGAGUUUGUGCAUUUUGCCGAGGAAGUCACAACCAUGAAGCUUGCCAGAAGGUGAAGGACACCAGAGAACGUAAGAGUAUUUUACGAAAAUAUUCUAGAUGCUUUAAUUGUUUAGAUAAGGGUCACUUGGCCAGAAAUUGCAUGAAUAAAGUAGUUUGCAAUAGUUGUAAGGGACAACAUCACACAGCUUUGUGUGAGAAGAAAAACACUGAAAGGGACGACGAUAAGGAGGGUAAAAACGAGCAUGAGGGCCCCAAGGAUGUAGUAAACCCAAGUAAUAUGACAUUUGUAGGUACUAGUUGUAGGAUUGCGUUGCAAACGGCACAAGCGUUAGUUAAGGGCGAAAGGCAGCGCCGCGUAAGGGUGCUCUUCGAUUCAGGCAACCAUAAGUCAUAUGUUACCGCUAAAACUGCGAAUCUAGCGGGGUUAAAGGUUCUGCGCAAGGAAUUGUUAGGCUUAAGCACGUUCGGCCAGAAAGCCAAGGAGAUGGAAGUUAGGGAAGUUGUUCGCGUUGACGUAAACCCUCUAGGUAGUGGCAAGGUGCUCACUCUCGAGGCUUACGUGGUGCCGGUAAUUUCACGCGUAAGGAAUGAGCACAUUGAGGUUGUCAAGCACAAUUUUCCUCAUCUGAAGGACCUUUGGUUUUCAGGCGUUAACAAAAGCGCGCAUGAGUUAGAGAUAGAUUUUCUUAUAGGUUCGGAUAAUUUGUGGAAUUUCCAGCGCGGUCGUAUAGUAAGGGGGGAGCCCGAUGAACCCGUAGCGUUAGAGACCGAAUUAGGGUUUGUGUUGUCUGGACCGUUGAAGGGGAAAUGUGGGGAUGACAAUGAUGGGACAUUGGUGAGUUUUGUUGCUUCAACAAGCAUGGGUGGUAUAGCACAUGUUGGGAACGUUACUUUGGAUGAUGCGGUGCAUAGAUUGUGGGAUUUGGAUAGUUUGGGUAUUAAGGAGACGGACGAGGUUUACGAGGCGUUUGGGGAUAGCAUAAGAUUUGAUGGUGUGAGAUAUUCUGUUAAACUACCAUGGAAAGUAGGCCAUGCAACAUUACCAACUAACUAUGAACUCAGCUUAUCUAGAAUGAAAAGCCAAGUCAAGAGGUUAAGAAAGCAACCAGAUAUUUUGGUAGAGUAUGAUAACAUAAUUAAACAGCAAUUAGAUGCAG